AUGGCGACCGUCCGGGCCUCGCUGCGAGGCACGCUGCUCGUUCUCCUGGCCGUGACGGGGGUCGCGGAGGUGGCAGGGGGCCUGGCCCCGGGCAGCGUAGGUGUGUUGUGCUGUAAUCACUCAAAGGAUAACCAAAUGUGCCGUGAUGUAUGCGAACAGAUUUUCUCCUCAAAAAGUGAAUCCCGUCUAAAACAUCUGUUGCAGCGAGCUCCAGAUUAUUGUCCUGAAACAAUGGUUGAAAUUUGGAGUUGUAUGAAUUCGUCUUUGCCAGGUGUGUUUAAGAAGUCUGACAGCUGGGUUGGCUUAGGCUGCUGUGAACUGGCUAUUGCCUCGGAGUGUCGACAGGCAUGCAAGCAGGCAUCUUCAAAGAAUGAUAUUUCCAAAGUUUGCAGAAAAGAACACGAGAAUGCUCUUUUCAGUUGCAUUAACAGAAAUGAAAUGGGCUCCGUUUGUUGCAGUUAUGCAGGUCAUCACACAAAUUGCCGAGAAUACUGUCAAGCCAUUUUUCGAACAGAUUCUUCUCCUGGUCCAUCUCAGAUCAAAGCAGUGGAGAAUUAUUGUGCCUCAAUUAGCCCACAAUUAAUACACUGUGUGAACAAUUAUACCCAGUCUUAUCCAAUGAAGAACCCAACAGAUAGCUUAUAUUGCUGUGACAGAGCUGAAGAUCAUGCUUGCCAGAACGCCUGCAAGAGAAUUUUGAUGUCUAAGAAAACAGAAAUGGAGAUUGUUGAUGGCCUCAUUGAGGGUUGUAAGAAACAGCCCUUGCCUCAAGAUCCUCUUUGGCUAUGUUUUCUUCAAGGCUCACUAUCUCGUCACCCUGGAGUCACUGCACAUCCACCUCCCUCCACAGGCCUUGAUGGGGCUAAAUUACAUUGCUGUUCUAAAGCAAACACUUCAACAUGUAGAGAAUUGUGCACUAAACUUUAUAGCAUGAGCUGGGGUAAUACACAAAGUUGGCAAGAGUUUGAUCGCUUUUGUGAAUAUAAUCCAGCAGAAGUAUCCAUGUUGACCUGUUUAGCAGAUGUUCGAGAACCUUGCCAGUUGGGCUGUAGAAACCUUACUUACUGUACUAAUUUUAAUAACAGGCCAACAGAACUUUUCAGGAGUUGUAAUGCUCAGUCGGAUCAAGGAGCCAUGAAUGACAUGAAGCUGUGGGAGAAAGGAAGCAUAAAGAUGCCAUUUAUAAACAUUCCUGUUCUUGACAUUAAAAAGUGCCAACCAGAAAUGUGGAAAGCAGUAGCUUGUUCACUGCAGAUUAAACCUUGUCAUAGUAAAUCCCGGGGAAGUAUUAUUUGCAAAUCAGAUUGUGUGGAAAUUCUCAAGAAGUGUGGAGACCAAAACAAAUUCCCUGACGACCACACAGCUGAAAGUAUUUGUGAGCUUUUAUCACCUACAGAUGACCUGGAAAAUUGUAUACCCUUGGAUACAUAUCUCAGACCAAGUACUUUAGGUAAUAUUGUAGAAGAGGUCACUCAUCCCUGUAACCCAAAUCCUUGCCCUGCUAGUGAGCUCUGUGAAGUAAACCGAAAAGGAUGUCCAUUUGGAGAUCCAUGCCUUCCAUACUCUUGUGUUCAAGGUUGCAAAUUGGGAGAAGCUUCUGAUUUCAUCGUCCGUCAAGGGACACUAAUCCAGGUGCCAUCAUCUGCAGGGGACGUUGGUUGUUAUAAAAUUUGUUCAUGUGGACAAAGUGGACUUUUAGAAAACUGUAUGGAGAUGCACUGUGUAGACCUCCAGAAGUCCUGUAUUGUUGGAGGAAAAAGAAAAAGUCAUGGAACAUCCUUUAAUAUCGACUGCAAUGUCUGUUCUUGUUUUGCUGGCAAUUUGGUGUGUUCUACCCGUCUCUGCCUCAGUGAGCAUAGCUCAGAAGAUGACCAUCGCACCUUCACAGGUCUGCCUUGUAACUGUGCUGAUCAGUUUGUCCCCGUGUGUGGGCAGAACGGGCGCACAUACCCCAGUGCCUGCAUUGCUCGCUGUGUGGGUCUCCAGGACCAUCAAUUUGAGUUUGGAUCCUGCAUCUCAAAGGAUCCAUGUAAUCCAAAUUCUUGCCCAAAAAGCCACAGAUGCAUACCAAAACCACAAGUUUGCCUGACAACAUUUGAGAAAUUUGGAUGUAGCCAAUAUGAGUGUGUGCCAAGACAGCUCACCUGUGACCAGGCCCGCGAUCCUGUUUGUGACACAGACCACAUGGAGCACAACAAUCUCUGCGCUUUAUACCAAAGAGGAAAAACUCUCUCUUACAAAGGCCUGUGCCAGCCCUUCUGCAGAGACAUAGAGCCCGUGUGUGGACACAAUGGUGAGACCUACAGUAGCGUGUGUGCAGCCUACUCGGACCGGGUGGCCGUCGACUACUAUGGACCCUGCCAGGCAGUCGGGGUCCUCUCAGAGUACAGUUCUGUCGCCGAGUGUGCUGCUGUGAAGUGUCCUCUGGUUUCAGCAACUGGGUGCAAACCCAUCGUCCCACCCGGUGCUUGUUGCCCGUUAUGUGCUGGGAUGUUAAGAGUUUUAUUCGACAAGGAAAAACUGGAUACCAUUGCUAAGGUAACAACCAAAAAGCCAAUAACGAUUCUGGAAAUACUUCAGAAAAUCCGCAUGCACGUGUCUGUCCCACAGUGUGACGUGUUUGGAUACUUCAGCAUUGAAUCUGAAAUUGUGAUCCUGAUCGUUCCGGUCGAUCAUUAUCCAAAAGCUCUGCAGAUUGAGGCCUGCAAUAAAGAAGCAGAGAAGAUCGAAUCCCUGAUCAACUCUGACAGCCCUACUCUGGCAUCCCAUGUUCCUCUCUCUGCCCUCAUCAUUUCCCAGGUACAGGUAUCCAGCAGCGUGCCGUCAGUCAGCACCAGGGCCAGACCUCCAUGCCACUCCUGCCUCUUCCUCUUUGGCCUGGGCCUUGUCUUGCACUUGCUCUCGACACAGAACUGACUACCCGCAAAAGGUGCAACAUGUCCCUCAAGGAAAUUUUUCCUACUUGUGAGAGACAUUCAGGACUGCUAGUGUGUAGUGAGCAGGGCCCACGUAAAAGCACAUGUCACCUCUCGUCACCACACAGUGUUUUUUAAAUCUACCAAUAUUGGCAGGGUUAUGUUUUGUUUUGUUUCUACAAAUGUUAAAAUACAUUCUUCCAAAUACUAAUGUAUCAUUCCAGUGGGUCACUGCGUUAUGGUUUCCAUUUUACUACUCAUUAUAUAGAUCCUCAGAUUUAUACAUCUAAAACAAAUUUAAUGUCACUGAUAAAUGAGAUGAUUUUUCACUUUUUAGAAGGAAAACUCACUUUACUGUAGGUUUCAUAUCAAAGAAACUUCAUUUCAGAGUUUUUUUUAAGUGUUAAGUUUCCCCUAGUGUGUUCGUGUUUGUUUACAGAUAAUUGCCUACUUUAUCCAGAAGCGAGGGGGUCACAGCAAAGAGUUACUACAAUCUGAGUAUAAAAUAAUAAAGAUAAAGCAUCUUUGAAAUUCUAAUGUAAAUCAUCAGUCAGAUUUAAAGUAAUUUACAGAAAUUUAAUUCAGGAACUCACCUAUCGUGUUAAGCAAAAGCAGACUGAUUAAAUGACACGUAAUUAUAUAUUGUAAGUGACUGUCUCAGCUGUCACUGAUGUGUGUCUGUGACUUUUGUGAAAGGGAGACGUUACAUCACCUCAAAGCAUCUUGCAUUAUGCAAUUUUUAUAUUAACCAGAUAUAUAUUCUUAGGUAUUCAUCUGAGUUGAGUUAGAAUUUUUAAAUACCAGUCUUUAAACCAAUUGCUGCUACUUAUAUAAGGAGCCCCCAAAAAGUGAAAUAAUUAGUUCAUGUAAAUAAUAAAUGACUUUUCUAUUUUAUUAUGAAGGUGAAUAGCCAUAUUUGUAAAACGACAAUCACGUGUGUUAACCCAGUGCUUUCUGUUCAGGAAGACACAUUUGCUUUUUGUGAUAUGCACAAUGUAGAUAAGUAUUAUAACUUUUAUAAAGAAUUGUGGUUUAUAUAUUUAAAAAUGUCCAUCUAAGUAUUAAAAUGUUUGCAUGUUGUCUAAGAAAUUGAAUGCUUUGAAUGUGUUUCAGUUUGAAAUAAGCUAUUCAAUGUAAUACUUCUUGUUUGUAUGUACCCAAACUUAGAUUUUACAUGAAGUAUAUUUUUCAGUAUUAUAAUAUGUACCUUCUGAAACAUAUAGGGAUAUGUUUAUUAUACCAAAAUGUUGUUGAAAAGUGGGCACUUAAAGCUUCCAAAAUAUCUCAGUGCUGAUGUAGCAUGUUUGUUGCAAUUUAUUUUUUUCUGUAUAAAUGUUUUCAAUGCAAUAUACUGGAAAGCUUUUC